AUGGAGAAAUAUGCUAGUCGCACUCUUUCCGGCCGCGGCCAACUCACGGUAGUGCCGCCAUCACCACGCCUUGUACGUUCUCAAAGCAACGGGAGUUUGGCGACUAUUACAACCCCGGAGAGAACCCCGCGGAGGUUCAGCUCUGGGGAAAAACUAACGAAUAGCCACCGUUCGAAAUCAACAUCUAAGAUAAGAACUGAAAACAACGAAGAGAACACAAAAUCCAAUGAUAAGAAGAAGAGUAAUAGCAAGCUGUUACAAUAUGGAGUUAGCCCCGAUCGUAAUGGAGCUUCAAAGAGAACCACAUUGCCUUCCGCGUGGGCGCUUUCGCCGGGAAGGCAAUCCCUCGGUUCUCCGAUUUGGCCCGAGUCACCACCGCCUAAAGCAAAGGGAAGCAAUGGCAACGGUGGUGGUAAAGUUGGUAAUAGUGUUACUAAAGUUUUCAACUACUUUAAGCAGAGGAAAGUUUCAUCCAUGCAAGAAGAAAUGCACCAUAAGUUCAAGAUCUUACAUAACAGACUUUUGCAAUGGAGAUUUAUUAAUGCUAGAGCUGAGGUUUCCAUGGCUAGGGUAAAAAAUGCUGCUGAGAUAAAUUUGUUUUCUGUAUGGCUUGAAACUCUAAUGCUAAGAAAGAUCACAAUACAAAAGAGAAUUGAAGUACAAAAAGUCAGACAUAUGAUGAAGCUCCAACGCAUUCUGAGUGGUCAACUUUCCUUUCUGAAUGAAUGGAAAAAACUGGAAAAAAAGAAUAAAGAAUCAAUCGAAAGAUUAACAAAGAAGUUGUUAACAUUGUCUACCAUACUUCCCUUAAGUCAUGGUCUCAAGGUAAAUAUAGAGGCCUUGUUUGAAGCUUUCAACACAGCUGUUGAAGUCAUGGAGAAUAUUGAACCUUUGAUUAAGAAAUAUCAACCACAGAUAGAGAGAAUUCUUUAUCAAGUUACGGAACUCACUGCCACAUCAAAACAGGAAGAAGAGUGCUUACAUCUACUUCUCCAAAUGGUUUCUUUUAUUACUAUUUUACUAGAAAAUGAAAAAAGUGUUCAAGUACAUCUUAUUCAAAGAAAGAUCGAAUCUAAUACUGCAAACUACUCCUGUAACAAUAUUGCUCAAUCAUGUAAAUGA